UUAAUCUUUGUUUACUAAUUUCUAACCUAUCUUCAUUAUUUUAGCCCCCAAAGAAGGACACGAAGUCAUCGGCAAAACAGCCGCAGAAGACACAAAAGAAAAAAGAAGGAGGAGGAGGUGGUGGUAAAGCCAAGAAGAAGAAGUGGUCAAAAGGAAAAGUUCGGGAUAAGUUAAACAAUCAAGUUUUGUUUGAUGAUGCCACUUAUAAGAAAUUAUAUUCGGAAGUUCCGUCGUACAAGCUUAUCACUCCUUCAGUUGUGUCGGAAAGAUUGAAGGUCCGUGGAUCAUUAGCUAAACGUGCACUUCUUGAAUUACGCGACAAAGGUUUAAUAAAACAAGUUGUUCAUCACAAUGCCCAAAUGAUCUUCACAAGAACAACAAAAGGAGACGAUCCAAUUGCUUAAUUCAAUCUUCUUUACAUUCUUCUGAUAUGUAAACUUUAAAGAUUCAAAAGUUCAUGCAUCAAUAAAAAAAUAAAAUCAGUCCACUUGUGGAGGAACUUUAAUUUUCAUAA